AUGCAAGAAAAGACUACUCUCCUGGCUACAACAGCGGCAGACACUGGUCUCAACAUCAACCGUAAGAAAACAGAGUUGAUGAAAAUCAACACCACUGCACAGGCUCCUAUCACACUGGACGGUGAGCCGAUCAAAGAGGUUGAGUCCUUCACCUACCUGGGGAGUGUGGUAGACCAACAAGGGGGCACUGACGAGGACAUCAAGUCAAGAAUUGGCAAAGUCAGAACUGCCUUUAUCAUGCUAAAAACAUCUGGGCCUCAAAGGAAAUCCGUACCUCCACCAAAAUACGGAUAUUCAACUCCAAUGUCAAGUCCGUGUUAUUGUAUGGCUCAGAGACCUGGAGAAUGA